AUGGACCCGAUCAGUGCGGUCGGGUUUGCUUCGGCCAUUGUUCAGAUUUUAGGCGCCCUGACUUCAACGGUUCAUGGCCUCUAUCAAAUACAAGGGAGAUUCAGCGAUGCCGACUUUACAAUCCACUCGCUUAUCCAAGAGCUAGAAUGCAUCAAGGCAGCGCUCACAAGUCUGGAGAGAUGGUAUAAACUCAAUUCAUCGGAUCCGAUGGUGUCGGCGGAAUUUCGUGAGCAGCUCGUUACAGCCACCCAGGGUUGCGAGAUCAGUAUGGAAAUAUUGUCCGAGGAUGUCAGGAGUUUGGUUGAAGGCUGUCGCAGUGAUGGCACAGUUGGAUUGCGAUUGCGCAUACGAGUCGUCUGGAAAGAAGAUAUCAUGAAAGGACACCAGGAGAAGCUACAUGCGCAAGUCAUGGCGUUGCAGCUAUUGCUCCAAGUUUGCCAGUGUCAUACAUCACAAGAGCAGGUCCUCCUAUUACGAAAGGCAACGACUCGUCGUAUAAUGGAGAGGGUUCGCGAUGACACCGAAACACUAUUAUCCACACGGAGUCAGGCCACAUCGAGCGCAGCAAGCUUCUCGCAGAAGAGCAGUGUCACAGUCAGUGACCGGGUUUUCGAUUUCACCGACGUCCUCACGGACUUGCCAGCCAGUCGGGACUCGAUAAAGCCACGCGCGCCGUCAAUUGUGACCAUCGGCAGCCACACUCACACCAGCAGUGGCCGAAGUCCAUUCACAGAUGAGGGUUAUGCAAGCACCCAUACACGGCAUAGCGACUCUACGGGGAUGUUUGAUGAUCCUGCCUUCCCCCAACAGCAUCUCCUUUUGCCCACCAGUCCAUCAGCCCCAGUGCAUCCAGCUCACAAAAGGGCAACAUCUUACCAUGAAGCACCGCGCCCAACCUUUCAAAAUAUACCCCGGAGCAAGUCAGACACCAAAGCACUGAAGACACCUGAGGUGCCUGCCUCCAAGCUUGGCAGGAUAUCCUCACUUUUUCGUUUGAAUACCACGAGUCGUCUGAAUCUUUCCUCCUCAUUUUCCAAACCCUCACCGAAGCCGGGGAACGACACGUCGUUCAUUAAGCAUAAGCCGAAGCGAGAUGCCAAUUCCCAGACCAGCGUCGAUUUGAACGGGACGGACGCUGGCACUAUCCCCCAGAUCGUGAAGGCCGCUCAAGUGGGUUCAGCAAAUGAAGUCAACCAGCUCAUCGAGUAUGGCCUUGACAUCGAAGAACGAGACAGAAAAUCCGGUCGAAAUGCAUUACUCGUUGCUGCGCACUGCGGAAACGAUGAGGUCGUGGAGCUUCUGAUACACCAUCAUGCUCGAAUAGAUGCGAAGGAUGGGUCUGGCUGGACGGCACUUCAUCUUGCAGCUUCGCGAGGCCAUUGCGGUGUGAUAAACAUUCUAAUGCGGGAAGGCAAUAUUGCUGAAAUCCGGAACUUGCAAGGACGCACGGCGCUACGGAUAGCUGUUGACCGGAGCCAGCAAGACGCCCUGAAGAUGCUUCUCAUGCACAAUUCAAAAGUCGACACCCGUGCCGAGAACCAAAUGACUGCUCUGCAUAUUGCAGCAAAACAGGGUGAUGCGGAGAUUGUUAACAUGCUUGCAUCAAACCGUGCCGAUAUCGAGGCCAAGGAUGCUACCAUGAUGACAGCAUUGCACUAUGCCUGUGAAGAAGGUCACGUCGAAAUGAUUGCAGUACUUCUGGCUCACAAGGCCAAUAUCGAAGCUGUGGGUCGGGACCGCAAGACACCGUUGAUAUGUGCUGCCGAAGCAGGUAGAUCCCGGGCCGUGGAGUACCUUUUGAAAUCCAAACAAAAGGCCUCAUCGAGUACGGUGGAUGAUACCGGGAUGACUGCGCUACACUGGGCCGCCUACAACGGCCACGAAGAGACAGUGGAAGUUCUCAGUCGGAAGCGAGGAUCCUUGUCUAGGGUCAAUGGAGUGGGCAGAACGGCGUUGCAUCUCUCCGUAAUCCAAACCCAGUUUGCUGUCGUCGAGCCCUUAUUACGCAAAGGUGCCGAUGUCAACACCCAAUGUGCAACAGGCUUGACUCCUCUUCAUUAUGCUUGUAUGGCAGACAGCUUCGAACUAGCAAGUCUGUUGCUCUUGGCGGGAGCUGACAUCGAGGCAUCGGAAUAUCAACACCAGCAAAGAGCUUUACAUAUCGCUGCAGGGCGGAGCUCAUUACGUCUUCUGGAUCUGCUUGUUAGCAAGAAUGCCUCUUUAGAUUCCCGCGACAGCGCCGGGGAUCGACCGUUGGGUAUAGCAUGUCGCAACGGACAUGUGGCUGCUGUCCGUAAGCUGUUAGAUCUCGGAUCUCCUCUCUAUCAGAAGAACCCACCCACUUCACGCAAUGACUCUCCUCUAUGCUUGGCUGCGAUGGGAGGUCAUCUGCCCGUGGUCUCGCUGCUUCUAGACGAGGGUCCAAUCGCAUCCAAAAAGGACGAGCGUGGCUGGCAGCCUUUUCGCUAUGCAGCAUACCACGGCCAUACGGAUGUUCUCCGGCUUCUCUUGGAGUACACUAAAAUAUCUGACGUGGAUGUUCCUGAUAUAAUUAACAUGACAGAAACACAUGGGUUCUCACCAGAUGCCAUCGUUACCGAACAAAGCAAGGUCCAGAUCAGGGAACUUCUCAACCAGGCUGUGGUUUUGUCCGGCCAGAUGCCUCCAAUCCAUGGCACAAGUAUUCUGCAGACAAUAGGUCAACACAGCAACAACGCUCAAGGUUUACAGUCUCGAAAUACGCGAGACCGUGAAGGCUUUUUACCGCAAGAGCUUCCAGCAACUUUGGAGCAAGGUCUGCCAAGCAGCCGCUCAACGACACCUGAGUAUGGCUAUCGUGCCGAGCGUCCUCGAUCCACCAACCCUUCCGCGCGCACUGAUAUACAAACCAGUGAACAACGACCGUCAUCGAUCGUAUCCGCACAAAGCGGCCUCGUCCACGAUACCUAUCGUGGACCAUCUCCUAUACGUCAGUCAGCGCGGACUCCCGUGGGAAGGGUCUCUGUUCCGUCUGCAGCCAGAGAGCCAUUGGUUUCGGCCAACUACAUCCCUCAAGCAAUUCCCGUCUCUUUGCCUCAAACUCCCCUAAGCCUUCCGAGGACAUAUCCUCUCAGCUCAAUGGCUGCAGACCCUUCCACUGGCCGUAUGUCAGUGCCGCCAGAUACCCAUACUCAAGAGAGUUACGGUUCUAUGGCAAUAUUUCCUGGGUAUCAAAGUGAGGCCUCAAUUGCCACGCCAGGAGAUCCUCCUGGAAACCUUCAACGCUCUUAA